GCCCGCGCUGGAUGUUUGACCAGCCUCGGCCUCGCGCCUACCUAUAAUAAAGAGCUUCGCCGGAAGCCGUAACAUGCAUCCUUGCACUUGCACACAACAACAAACACACACCCAAGAUUGACACGAGCCAAGUAAUUAAUUGACCUCAGCGGUUAGCUUCUGCCUGUUGCUGAAGUUCACGGCGGCCAGCGCCAGUGCAACAACUAAUUUAAGCGGCAUUGCAAGUUUUGUGCUGCGUCGAUCGAUCCAACGGCGGCCGCGAUGUCGCGGAGGCCACUACUGCUGCUCGCGGCCCUUGUCUGCGUCUGCAGCUCGAUGCUGCUGGGUGCGGCGGAGGCCAAGACGCACCACCACACGUGGGACAUCUCCUACCAGUACAAGUCCCUCGACUGCUUCGAGAAGCUCGCCGUGACCGUCAACGGCGAGUCCCCCGGCCCCACCAUCCACGCCGCCCGCGGCGACACGGUCGUGGUCACCGUGCGCAACAAGCUCGAGACCGAGAACACGGCCAUCCAUUGGCACGGCAUCCGCCAGAUCGGCACGCCCUGGGCCGACGGCGUCUCCGGCGUCACGCAGUGCCCCAUCCUCCCCGGCGAGACCUUCACCUACAGAUUCGUCGUCGACAGGGCGGGCACGUAUCUGUACCACGCGCACUACGGGAUGCAGCGGGUGGCGGGGCUGAACGGCAUGAUCGUGGUGACGGAACCGGCCGGCGCCGCCGUGGAGCCAUUCACUUACGACGGGGAGCACACGGUCCUGCUGGGCGACUGGUGGCACAAGAGCGUGUACGAGCAGGCCACGGGGCUCUCGUCCAACCCCUUCGUCUUCGUCACCGAGCCCCAGUCUCUCCUCAUCAACGGCCGAGGAACCGCCUUCAACUGCUCGCAGCUGGGCGCCCCCACCGGAUCGGCGUGCAACGCUUCCUCCUCCUGCGCUUUGCCGCCGGCGGCCGCACUGUUCACCUUCGUCCCGGGCAAGACGUACCUGGUCCGGAUCGGCAGCCUCGCGUCGCUCUCCUCGCUCAGCUUCGAGAUCGAGGGGCACUCCAUGACGGUGGUGGAGGCCGACGGGCACUACGUGAAGCCGUUCGUGGUCAGGAACCUCUUCGUCUACUCCGGCGAGACCUACUCCGUGCUGGUCAAGGCCGACCAGGACCCGGCCCGGAACUACUGGGCCGCGUCCCACAUCGUGGGCCGCGACACGACCAAGACGCCGAUUGGCAAGGCCGUCGUGAGCUACUCCUCCGGCGCCAACGGGCUGACGACGCCGCCGCCGACGGCCCCACCGGCCGGCCCAGUGUGGAACGACACGGCGAUCCGGGUGGCGCAGAGCAGGGCCAUCGUGGCCCAUCCGGCCCACGUGAUCCCGGCCCCGGCCAGGCCCGACCGCACGCUGCUGCUCCUCAACAAGCAGGCCAGGGUCGACGGCCACCUCAAGUGGGCCAUCAAUGGCGUCUCCCUCGCGUUCCCUUCCACGCCGUUCCUCGUGUCCAUGAAGCGCGGGCUCACGGGCGCCUACGACCCGCGCCCGCCGCCGGACACCUACACGGCCGCCGGCGCCGACGGCGUCAACGCGACGGUGCGCAGCGCGGCGUACAGGCUGGGGCUGGGUUCCGUGGUGGACGUGGUGCUGCAGAACGCGGAGAUGCUCAGCGGCGGCAACCGGAGCGAGACGCACCCGUGGCACCUCCACGGGCACGACUUCUGGGUGCUGGCCCAUGGCGACGGCGAGUUCGACCCGGCUGCAGACGGGGGGAGGCUGGUGCUGGAUGGGAGGGACGGCCAGGAUCGGCCGAUCAUGAAGAACACGGUGCCGCUGCACCCGCACGGGUGGACGGCGAUCAGGUUCCGGGCGGACAACCCCGGGGUGUGGCUCUUCCACUGCCACCUGGAGGCGCACGUGUACAUGGGCAUGGGCGUGGUGUUCGAGGAGGGCGUGGACAAGGUCGGAAGGCUGCCGGCGUCCAUCAUGGGGUGUGGACGAUCCAAGGGCCUGCGGCAUUGAUCGGCAUGCACAUCGUUGAUUCCACUCUUUUUUGUGGGGAGCACAAUCUAAAUCAUUUACAUGUACUACAAGUAAUUAAGAUCGAUCGAUCUUUACUCGUAAAUAAGAUCCAAACUACUGUAUAAGGAUUUGUACAAUAAUCAAUUGUUCGUUAACGUUUACUCCCAACUGAACUACGUA